AUGGUUCAGGAGGGUCCCGUGAACGUGUGCUUCACGGCGCAGAGCUACGGCGUGGAUGUGGCUUUCGACCCGCAGACCCAGGAGCAGCUCUUGUCUUUCCGCUUCGGAGUCACCGUGUCUCUGCCGCAGCUCCUGCAGCAGCUUAUUGAAAUCCAGAAGCGAGAUGCCGGUGCGGCUGGCUCGCAGACUGGUGGCACCUCCCUGUUAGGCAUGAACUUCCCCUCCCAGCAGCGCUCUGAGGGUGGCCAGGGCCUGGUGCCGCCCUACCUGUCUUCCUCGGUGCAGGCGAAGGUGUCCACUUCUCAGGCCCCGAACCUCGUCGCUGAAGAGCCUCCGCAGCAGCCCGCUGCCGCCGAGCCACCCCGGUCUGCGCGCGGGCCGAUCCCCCGCUCAAAUCUCGCGGCUCUGGAUGUUCAGCUCUUGGAGUGCGUCCAGCGGCACGAGACGCACAAGGUGACAGAGCUGCUGAAGCAGCGAGCAGACGUCAACUUCCAGGAGGGGAGUCCAUACCUCCGAUCCCCGCUGCACUUGGCUGUUGAGAACGGGGGCACCGUGGACGAAGUUGGCCUGCUGCUGCAGGCUGCGGCAAACGUCAACGCCGUCAUGGCCCACGGGAAAACGCCGCUUCACGUGGCGAUACAGCAGUACCGAAAAAUUCCGACCGUCGCCAUUGGCAUGCUGCUCUGCAGCAAAGCUAACACAGAAGCCACAGACUCCAGCUCGCGAACGCCCAUGGACCUGAUCAAGCAAGUCUUUGGCCAGCUGUCGGCGCGUGGGCCCGACAACCAGCCAUUGCUCUCCCCGGCGGACAGCACGAAGGCCCGUCAGCUCCUUUCCUUGGUCAUGGACCAGCGGAUGGUGGCCUUCAAUCUGGAGAGCCAGGAAGUGCAGGGCGUGCACUUCGCGGACACGGAGGGUGACAAGAUCGUCUUCGACACCAAGUCCGGAGUCGGACUGUACAGUAUCAAGGCUCAGCGAACGCUGUUCUUCAAGAAUCUCAAGCAGAAGUACGAGGGAAGUGUCUACAAUGUGGCAGUCAACCCGGAAGCAGGCACAGUAGCAGCGUGCCUACGAUUCAUGCAAGCGGGCGAGGGUGCGGCUCAGGCCACGCCACAGACUGUGAUUGUCAUGGUCAUCUGGCCAAACGGCCAGCUGCAGCACGAGGAGCCGUUGAAGCUGCGGCUGCCGCCCACCACACUAGGGGCCGACAGAGAUUUGCUGCCACCGAUGGUCACCAUGUCGCGGACACAUGGCACCUCCAUCGUCAUCGGCAGACUUGCUGACGGACAGGUCUUCUGCUGGCAGCUCAAUUCGGCCCGGUCCCAGCUCGUCAGCGAGGCCAAGCUAGCAGUCCGCGCCGGGGCCCUCGCGAACUCCGAUGAUUGCUCUUGGGUUUGCUUGGCCAACAAGGAGACCGGCCACCUGGACGUCUUUAUGCUCGAUCAGAUGGCCCUCCGCAAUGCCCGCUUGGCCUACCUUCCAGUGGCGAAGCUUCUAAACAAGAGGCCGCUGGUGCUGGCGAUGCAAACCCUCCAAGAAGGGUCGUCAUGCUUGGUGGCCUUCGGCGAGGAUGUGCCUUCUGGGCAGCAGACGUCUGCAUCAGCCACGCCGAUUGAAGUCAGCCGCGUGAGUUCGGACGGUGGCCUGCAGACAGUGUAUCGCGUGCCGAUUCCCUCUGCCUGCAAUUCCUUGAGCUUCUGCUACAAGAGCUCUGCUCAUCUUCUUUGCAGCUGCACAGACGGACUGCAGCUCGUUUUCAACUUACUCAGCAGUGAGACCAGUUGUGCAUACGACAACCCUGGCAUAGCGAGCAUCUCCAUCUCGACUGACCAGUCUCAGCUCGUCUCAUCCGAGAACAACUUUUUCAAAGUCUACAAGGUGCCGGCGCCGACUGCGUCCUCGUCCUGA